AAAUGAUUAAGGACCCGUUGAAAAGGCGAAAAACUUAUAUCUAAUCUUGAAAGGAGGGCGAAAUCUAUAUUUCUCCACCGUUUUCUUUUAUCUUAAAAAAUAAACACAGAGAGAGAUGGCUUUGAAUGUUGAUGAAGAAGUGGAGAGGCUCAAAGAAGAGAUCAAGCGAUUGGGUCAACCCCAAAACGAUGGCUCUUACAAGGUGAAAUUUGGCGUCCUCUUCAACGAUGAUAGGUGUGCAAAUAUCUUUGAGGCCCUUGUUGGUACACUCAGAGCAGCCAAGAGGAGGAAGAUACUAACAUACGAAGGCGAACUACUACUGCAAGGUGUGCAUGACAAUGUUGAAAUACUGCUUUACAAACCCCCAAACCCGCCACCGCCGCAAGUUGCUACGACUGCAUAGAAUGGCUCGCUUGCCCCUCUCUCUGCCUCUUAUCUAUCGUGUGAGUUAUCUGUGUGGCUUGCUGCGAUUCCCUCUAUUUAUGGCAGCAUGUAGGGAAUUAUCUGAUGUUUGAUGAAAAUACUUUUUCAUGACUUCUUCAAUUGAUACUCAAAUGGUUUGCCUACACAA